GGUCUCCGGGCGCCAUGUGCCCCUGCAGCCUGGGCACCUGGGUGCGUGCCCAGGGUGACACCUACCAGGUGGUGGCUGACGUCAGCCAGUUCGAGCCCCCCGACAUCGUGGUGACCACCUCCAACUGCCACGUCGCUAUCCAGGCUGAGAAGGUGGCCGAGGAUGGCACCGUCUGCGACACCUUCACCCACAAGUGCCAGCUGCCCGAGGACACAGACCCGCUGUCGGUGAGCUGUGCCCUCACUGAGGCCGGCAUGUUGGUCAUCACCGCCCGGCGCCGUGCCGGUGCCCGCCCCGGGGAGCCCCCGCAGCUGCUGUACCGCAGUGAGGCCAGGCUGUGA